CGAACGAAAAAAAGCGAAUUCCCAGGAUCAAUAAAUAAAUAAACAAAUAAACAAAUAAAUAAAUAAAUAAAAAAGACCGUCCGAUCCUCUGUUGGUAUCGUAGAACCCUAACUAAUAAAGCCGUGAAAUCCUGUGUUCCAGCCGAGGACCUGAGCAUCACCGGGCUGAAAUGGGCAGCCGCCUGGCAGAGAUGGAGCGUGCCGUCGAUCAUGUGGCGGUCCGGCGGCGGUUUGGGCAAGGGGAUCGGCUCCGGCUCGUCGAACCCGGAGGGGUUCAACUGUCCCGCCUGCGGUAGGGUCUACAAGCUGAAGAGCAGCCUGAGGAACCAUCAGAAAUGGGAGUGCGGCAAGGAGCCACAGUUCCAGUGUCCCCAUUGCGUCUACAGGGCGAAACAGAAGAUGCACAUCGCGCGGCACAUGGAACGGAUGCACAAAGAGAAGAUCUACAAGCAGGAGCUCGUCUAA